AUGGAGUUUAUACCGGAAGAGAGUUCUAAUGAUGUUAACUUAAGCACGGGAUGUUCAAAGGAUAAGAGAAGUGUUAUUUUUGAAACUUUGCUAAAACACAGUGUGAAUGGAAAAGUGAAAUAUGGUUCAAUUAAAGAUGUUGCAAAUGUGUACUCUGUUUCUACAAGAACUGUUAGUCGAAUAUGGAAAAAAGGGGUUGCUUGUGUUGCAAACGGUGUUCCAGUUGAUAUUUCUUUAAACUUGUCAGGUAAUGUUGGAAGGAAAAGGAUUGCAAUUAAUCCCAAAGAUGUUGCUAGAAUCCCCUUGAAUCGCUGGACAACAAUUCGUUCUAUGGCUAGUGCACUAAGCAUGUCAAAAACAAGCCUUCACCGGAGAGUUAAAGAAGGAUCUUUGAAAUCCCACUCAAAUGCUAUCAAGCCUAUGCUAACAGAGGAAAACCGGAAGGUAAGAUUACAGUUCUGCAUAUCUAUGAUUGAUUCAAGUUCGUCUCAUAAUAAUCCAAGUUUCAUAGAUAUGUAUGACCGCAUUCAUAUAGAUGAAAAAUGGUUUUUCCUCUCAAGAACUUCUCAAAAAUAUUACCUGCUGCCUGAGGAAGAUGAACCAUAUCGUACUUGUAAAAGUAAAAAGUUUAUAACAAAAGUUAUGUUUCUUUGUGCUGUUGCUCGCCCUCGGUUUGAUUUAGAAAGAAAUGAAAUGUUUGAUGGGAAAAUUGGGAUGUUCCCAUUUGUUUAUAAAGAACCAGCUAAGCGUAGAAGUAAGAACCGGGAAGCUGGAACCUUAGAAACUAAGCCCAUUGAAUCUGUAAAUAAAGAAGUGACAAGAAAAUGGUUGAUUGAUUAUGUAUUGCCUGCAAUACGAGCAAAAUGUCCACCAAGUAGUUCCAAGACUAUAUAUAUUCAACAAGAUAAUGCAAGGCCACAUAUUAGUAUGAAUGAUGUUGAAUUUUUGGAGGCUGCAAAGAAAGAUGGCUUUGAUAUUCACUUAACCUGUCAGCCUCCAAAUAGUCCGGACAUGAAUGUAUUGGAUCUCGGUUUUUUUAGAGCUCUUCAAUCUUUACAACAUCAAGAAGCUCCUCGCAAUGUGGAUGAACUAGUUGUUGCUACUCAUAAAGCUUUUAAUGAGAUCUCAGUAGAAAGUCUCAGUAAUGUUUUUCUAACAUUGCAACUAUGUAUGGUUGAAGUUAUGAAAAAGUACGGAGGGAACAAUUAUAAACUGCCACACAUAAAUAAGCAAAGGUUAGCACGAGAAGGCUUAUUACCUACCACUAUAUCAUGUGAUCCAGAAGUCUUAGUUGAAGCAAUUUCAAGUCUCCAGCAGUAA